AGAAAAAUUAGUGUUAACGAAUGAGCCUGGACGAAAAGAGGGAGGAGACGUUUAUUAUUGACCGGAUGAAAAGAAAGGAAGAGAAGGCAAAGCUUGGCAAAAAGAUUGCUGUCUUGAGAUUGAUUUCGAGAAAUUUGUAAUAUUGUAGAGUGAAAAUCUGUCAUCAUGUCGGAUUCCAAGUACUUCACCACAACAAAGAAAGGGGAGAUCUAUGAGCUGAAAGCAGACCUCAACAGCGAUAGGAAAGAGAAGAAGAAAGAAGCUGUCAAGAAAGUAAUUGCUAGCAUGACAGUAGGAAAAGAUGUCAGCUCUCUGUUUCCAGAUGUGGUUAACUGCAUGCAGACUGACAACCUUGAGCUCAAGAAACUGGUCUAUCUCUACCUGAUGAAUUACGCUAAGAGUCAACCAGACAUGGCCAUUAUGGCUGUCAACACAUUUGUCAAGGACUGUGAGGACCCUAAUCCGUUGAUCCGUGCACUGGCAGUGCGCACCAUGGGCUGCAUCCGUGUGGACAAGAUCACAGAGUACCUCUGCGAGCCACUCCGCAAGUGCCUCAAGGAUGAGGAUCCAUACGUUCAGAAGACAGCUGCAGUGUGUGUUGCCAAACUGUACGACAUCAACCCAGUGCUGGUAGAGGAUCAAGGAUUCAUUGAUCUUCUGCGGGAAUUGCUCACUGCAUCAAAUCCUAUGGUUGUUGCUAAUGCAGUGGCUGCCCUUUCUGAGAUCAACGAUGCCUCCCCAACAGGAAGUACUCUCUUCGACCUCAACUCACAAACCAUCAACAAGCUUCUCACCGCCCUCAAUGAAUGCACCGAGUGGGGUCAAAUUUUCAUCCUUGACUCAUUGGCUAACUUUGGUCCCAAAGAUGAGAAAGAAGCUCAGAGCAUAUGUGAACGGGUUACCCCUCGUUUAGCUCAUGCCAAUGCUGCUGUGGUCCUCUCAGCUGUGAAGGUUCUGAUGAAAUUCAUGGAAAUGAUGCCACCUUCAGGGGACUACGUCAGCGCCCUUACCAAGAAGCUUUCCCCACCCCUCGUCACCCUUCUCUCCGCUGAACCGGAAGUCCAAUACGUUGCUCUCCGAAAUAUCAACCUCAUUGUACAGAAGAGACCUGACAUCCUGAAGCACGAGAUGAAGGUCUUCUUUGUAAAGUACAAUGACCCAAUCUACGUCAAACUGGAGAAGCUUGAUAUCAUGAUCCGUCUUGCAUCUCAGGGUAACAUCGCACAGGUCCUGGCUGAACUCAAGGAGUAUGCCACAGAAGUCGAUGUGGACUUUGUCCGCAAGUCCGUCCGUGCAAUCGGACGUUGUGCCAUCAAAGUAGAGGAAUCUGCUGAGCGAUGUGUAAGUACGCUGCUUGACCUCAUCCAAACGAAGGUCAACUACGUUGUCCAGGAGGCCAUCGUCGUCAUCAAGGAUAUCUUCCGCAAGUACCCUAACAAGUAUGAAAGUAUCAUUGCUACACUUUGUGAGAACCUAGACUCUCUGGAUGAACCUGAGGCAAGAGCCUCCAUGAUCUGGAUCCUCGGAGAGUACGCAGAGCGUAUCGACAACGCAGAGGAGCUCCUAGAAAGCUUUGUGGAAGGAUUUCAUGAUGAGAACACCCAAGUACAGCUCCAGCUUCUUACCUCCAUCGUCAAGCUCUUCUUGAAGAGACCUCAGGAUACACAGGAUCUGGUGCAGAAUGUCCUCAGUCUGGCAACACAGGAAUGCGAUAACCCUGACCUGCGUGACCGUGGGUACAUCUACUGGCGUCUGCUCUCUACCGACCCGGCUGCUGCCAAGGAUGUCGUACUUGCCGAGAAGCCUCUCAUCUCGGAGGAAACCGAUCUCAUCGAGCCAACUCUCCUGGAUGAGCUCAUCUGCUAUAUCGGCAGUCUUGCCUCUGUCUAUCACAAGCCACCCAGCGCCUUUGUGGAAGGUCGCACUGCUACUAGGAGAUUCCUUCCUACUCGUGCACCAGGGAGCUCUGGUUCUACUUCACCAGAGACGGAGCAGGCACCGACCUCUGUGCCCGAGACCACGGUCAUACCCCAGCAGCAGCACUCUGGUGGCGACCUGAUUGGUGACCUGCUCAGUAUCGACCUGGGAGACAGCGGCAUGGGGCAGCAGCCUGGCAUGCCCAUGGGUAUGAGUAUGGGCAUGACCAUGGGUGGGCUGGGUGGAGCCCCGCAGCCAGAGAACACUGGUGCCGUGGACCUCCUCGGAGACAACAUGGAGAGCUUGAUCCUUGGAACCAACACCCCUACAGCAGCAGCUGGGGCACCACCUCCGGGUCCUGGGGGUGCUAACAUGGCAGCUCUUGGUGACAUCUUUGGUCUAGCAGGUGGAACAUCAGAGGUCUACACGCCACCUAAGCAGAUGUGGUUGCCAGCAAGCAAAGGGAAAGGUUUGGAGAUCCUGGGCACCUUCAGUAGGAAGCAAGGCAACCCACAGAUGGUCAUGACAUUCUCAAACAAAGCCAUGCAACCAAUGACCGGCUUUGCUGUUCAGUUCAACAAGAACAGCUUUGGUCUGGUACCCGGGUCUGCCCUCACGAUACCCAGCCCGCUGAGUCCAAACCAGUCCAUCGAUACCACUCUUCCCCUCAGUGCCAAUGGGCCUAUCCAGAGGAUGGAUCCACUGACCAACCUUCAGGUGGCUGUCAAGAACUGUAUUGAUGUCUUCUACUUCAGCACCACUGUCCCUAUCAAUGUUCUCCUUGUGGAGGAUGGUCAGAUGGAUCGUAAAGUGUUCCUAGCCACCUGGAAGGACAUCCCUUCAUCCAACGAGGUUCAGGCUCAAAUCAAUAACUGCAAUUUAUCAUCAGAACAAGCAACAAACAGGCUUCGGCAGAAUAAUAUUUUCACGGUGGCCAACCGGAAUGUAGAUGGUCAGGACAUGCUGUACCAAUCACUCCGACUGACCAAUAACAUCUGGGUACUGUCAGAACUAAAGAUGAUUCCAGGAAACCCCACAGUCCAACUCUCCCUCAAGACACGAGCCCUGGAUGUGAUACCACCUAUCCAGAAAGCCUACAAUGACAUCAUGCUGAACUAGAAAAUGAUAUCCACCCACUCAUCAAUCUUGUGUUAACCAUUUCAUCAACUUAUCUAUUCAGUGUUGUAUUGAAGUACAUUGUUGCAUUGUGAUUAUGAUUUUAAAGACAGCAUAGCUUAUCCACUUUGAACAGCGCCCUCUCAAGUUACUGGAACAUUACCCAGGGUGCAACAUCUUUAUUCACAGUCUUAUAAUAUAUGCCUACCAAUUUAAACUUCCAUUAUUAUUUACAAAAUUCAUAUCACAGUAUUUUCCAAAAAAUCGAUUAUUUAAAGGUGGCUUUCGUUUAUUCCUCAGUUUUCAAGAAAGAUUGAAUAAGCAUCAUAAUUCUGAAAUUCACAAUAAAUUUCUGAUUGUUUUAUGAAAGGGUGUAUGUGUAAAGGCUAACCCUGAUAGACAUAGCCCUGUGUGAUGAGACUCUCUGUGCUUGAGCUCAGUGUAGUCACUUUCACUUAAGAUGGCAGACUCUAUGGCUAUGAGUGAACACUUAACACACAGCACCAGUAUACAAUACAUAUCUUCAAGCCACAUUUUGUUAUCUGUUUUCAGACCAAAGGUCAUAUUAUUGUUUCAAUGAAUUCUGAUCAUUCACGAGCACUUCAGAAUGAUUGAAGUUCAAAAUGGUAGUAUAUACAUAUAGCUGCAAAUAUUGUUCUCAUUAUUCAAUGUAUAAAUUUAGCCAAUGGUGCUUGUCCAACGUAAUUUAAACUCCUGUGGCUCCUUCAGAAACCAAAUUCAAGAUGUAUUGGAAACCCAUUUUUUGUAGCAUAUAGGUGUACAUUUUAGCAAGACAAGGCAUUGAUAAUAUUCCCUUCUUAAACAUGUACCUCUCUCUCAAAUAUGUUACAGGAAUACUUAAGUAUAUUGUAAAGAUAUAGUCUUUAUAGACUUUUUAUUAUUAUCAAUAAUAAUAACAAGUCUAAUCGAACAAGAAUUAAUGAGCUCACUUCAUCUGAUGUUACAACCCCGUAUGCUAAUCGUCAUGGCCCAAAGUAAGUACGUAUUAGCUCACUGGAAACUACCAACAGAGUAUUUCAACCAGCAGAUCUUUCAUUUGAAAUUAUAUAUGCAUGGUCAGGUUAAUUAUGUUGUUUAAGCAAUUUUUGAGAGCUAAUGCAUAAACUAAGCCUUUGGUAUUAUGGCUGUCUUUGUAAACAGGUGUAUCAAUUUCAGGAUCCUUAAUAAAAAAUUGAUAUUCUAUAAUGAUCAUGUUGAUUUUUGUGCCCCCCCCAGAAAAAAAUGGAGACCUUAUAUAGUGAUUUAUAGAUUGAAUCUUGCAUAUGCGGAAGAUGUUGAAUAGUCUGUACAUCUUUAUUGAUUUUAGGAGAUAAUUUUAGUCACUAAUUUAACUAUUUUCUUCAUAAAAAGAUAAUAAAAAUAGAAUAUACUAUCAUCAUUUCAAAGUUUACCAUCCUUUCCUCUAUUCUACUUCUCACAUGAUUACUAUAUACCUGUCACAAACAAUGUGUGUUUGGUAUUUCCUCUUGAAUCGGCAGGUAAUUAUCUCAAGGCAAAUGAUUAUUGCUGGUACCAUGGUGUCAUAGGGGGUAUUGCAACAAAACAUUUGCAAUCAAUUUCAACUCAAGCAAAUUGAUUUAUGUAUACAUGUUGAUACGAGAAGUAGACCACCGAUCAAUCGCAAAUUUGCAAUUAAAUGCAAGACUUGUGAUUGAUUUGGGGACCUAAAAUUGACUCGCAGGCGAUUGCUGGUUUCUUGCAACACUCCAUUAGACAUGCACCUGAAGAGAUGGUAGUAUGACCAUGUGGCAUACUCUUUUUGUAAUUCUAGUUCAUGAAGUCCUACCAGCAGAAUUAAGUUGUAUAAUAACUUUUCAUUGUGGUCAUGUAUGCUAUAGCUUCAAAUGAAAUGGAUUGUACCCAAAAUUCACACCAAAGUUUUCUUUUUACUCUGCUUCUUCAGCCUCUAAUUAAGUUAUCAUAAUCAUUACGAGUCAAGCUCACCUUAUAUCAAACAGAAUAUAUUUCUAGAUAGAUAGCUUUAUAUAUUAAGUACAUUUACUAUUAUCUGUGUUAGUAUUAACUGUUAAGUUUGUUUUGUGAUGCUUGUUUAGGUCUGAAUUAUAAUGUGAUAAUCUUGUUUUCUCAAGACCAAAACAAAUUACAUAUGCUCUGUAUGACAGUUUCAACCCUGGCCUGAGGCCUUGUCUAGCAAAUUAGUAAUGGUUCUAAUUUACUAUUAUCAUUUGAAGUAAUGAAUUGUUGAAAAGAUAAUUUGUUAUGUCUAGUAUACUCACAUGCAAGUUAAUUUUGUCUAUGACUUUUACAUUGGCUAGUAUUUCUUAUUUGAUAUCAUGAUUCAAAAUUGACUUUCUGAUUUCUGUCACAUUUCAUUAUCAAAUUAUGUGAAGAUAACAAUAGUUGGAGUGAGGAACAUUUUGAAGUAUUGCAAAAAAUUUAAUUGUUAAUUAAAUUUACCAGUCUACUCCAAUUCACAGUAAA